AUGAAGAAUCCCUUCGACUUUUGCGCUUACUACCUGACUGCCAACCGCAACACAUCUCCCUUGUCAGAGAUGAGUGCCAAGACUCUGAAGGAUACUUGCAGCUGUUUGAUCUCACACAAGAGUGUACCGUUGCCUCUGUUUAAGGUCGGCCCCUCAUACUCGCCGAAGCCCAAGAAACAGUGCAAUAUGUCAGUGGCUUCGCUGAUCAAGGCAAAGUUCAAGGAGCCAGAGGCGUUUUGCAAGUACUACGCUAGUACCUCGAGGAACAUCUCGCCGUUCUCGAUGCUCAAGCCUGUGGAUCUGUUCGCGGGAUGUAGUUGUCUGAUUUGA